AUGCUGACUGCUGUCCUAGGACUGUUGAUGCUGGUAGCAGUGGCUGAAUUUCUCAUUGGCCUGGUUGGAAAUGGAGUCCUCGUGGUCUGGAGUUUUGGAAAAUAGCUUAGAAAAUUCAAGGGGUCCUCAUAUAACCUCAUUGUCCUGGGCCGCUGUCGAUUUCUUCGGCAGUGGUUGAUUAUGGACUUAAGUCUGUUUCCACUUUUCCAGAGCAGCCAUUGGCUUUGCUAUCUCAAUGUCUUCUGGGUCUUAGGAAGCCAGACCAGUCUGUGGUUUGCCACUUCGCUCAGUGUCUUCUACUGCAGGAAGAUCAUGACCUUUGAACACCCUGUGUACCUGUGGCUGAAGCAGAGGGCCUGUUGCCUGAGUCACUGGUGCCUUCUGGUCUACUUCCUGAUCAGUGUGUUACUUACAGUCCAGGGUAGCUUAGAGUUCUCCGAUCCUUCCCAAGGGAACAGCAGCAUUUUAUACCCCCCUUCAAACUGGCACCGUCUGUAUAUAGUAUGGCUCAACACAGGAAGUAUAAUGCCUUUCAUGGUGUUGCUUAUUUCCUCUGGGAUGCUGAUUGUCUCUUUGUGUAGACACCACAGGAAGAUGAAAGUCCACACAGCCGGCAGGAGAGGUGUUCAGGCCAAGGCUCACAUCACUGUCCUGAAGUCCUUGGGCUGUUUCCCUAUACUUUACAUAGUUUACAUCCUGGCCAGCCCCUUCUCCAUCACCUCCAAGUCUUUUCCUGCUGAUCUCACCGCUCUCUUCAUCUCUCAGACACUCAUGGCUGCCUACCCUUCUCUUCAUUCUGUCGUAUUGAUCAUGGGGAAUCCCAGGACGAAGCAGACUUGUCAGAGAAUCCUGUGGAAGACAGUAUAUACUUGGAGGGAAAGGAGUGGUCAGGAGACUGUUUUGAGACACUUUUUUGAUAGCUCUCCAAAAGGGGGCUGA